AUGCUUUUCAACACAUUCAAGUUAGCCACACGUUCCGUUAAAUCAAAUGGAUUCGUACCAUCUUUCUUAAAGAACACAUCAUCAAGAUUAUAUUCAUCAUCAACAAAAUCAUUAAACUCAUCAAAUUCUAAUAUAACGACUAAAUUAGGUUUAUUUUUAGGUGCAAGUUCUGCUCUAGUUUUACAUACUCAUUCCAAAAUCUUAAAUGAAGCUGCUAAUUUAGGUACUAUAAAUGUUAAUACACCAAAUUUUAAUUCAAAUCAAUUACCAAAAAUUCCAGAUCCAAAUUCAUUGAAACAUCCAAGACAUUCAAGAUUUAAUGGUCAAUUACAUUAUAGACAAUUAUCUUAUGGUUCAUUAGUUGGUUUAUUCUUUGGUGUUGUUAUUGGUAAAUUAUCUUCUGUAUUGGUAUUUAUUAGUCUAAGUGCAAUUUUAUCUUUACAAUUUUUACAAAGUCGUGGUAUAAUUCAUGUUCCUUGGACUUCUGUUGUUAAAGUUGGUAAAGAUAGAAUUGAUGUUAGACAAUUGGUUUUGGAAGAUCCAAGUUUUAAGAUUAGUUUUGCUUUAAGUUUUUUGAUUGCAGCUUUUAACAUAUAG